AUGGCAGGCAAUCCACACUCAGAAACCUUGUCUCAGGCUGCAAAUGGUGAAGAGCUCAGAGAUGUGGAAGCAAACCCGCAACCACUACAUGUCGAUACAGAUUCGAGACCGUCGAUCCUGCGCUAUUUAGCUCAGGACAUCAAUACGGAACAUGCAAAUCUAAUAUUUCUAGUCUGCUAUUUCCUAUCAGGUCUUAGCGACAGCUCUGCCUACAAAGCCUGGGGUUGCUUUGUUAGCAUGCAGACGGGAAACACCGUCUUCAUGGGAUUGGGAGCAUCCGACACCCUCGAUCAAACGACAUACCAUUGGCUUAAGGGCUUAGUUUCAAUUUUCUCUUUCUUCUUGGGAAGUGUAGUAUUUCCCAAAACCCGAUACUUUGGACACCAAACCAGACGUACUCUACUCGUCAAUUUCGGCUCUCAGACUCUCCUCGUCAGCGUUGCAGCAGCCCUGUUGCAGUCAGGUGCAAUCGAAGAUUCUGGCGUGGCUACUGACAACGAUGCUUUCCUUAAACUUAUCCCAAUAGCCUUACUCGCCUUCCAAUCCGCGGGCCAAAUGGCAGUAAGCAGGCUACUGGCCUUCCCCGAGCUCCCAACAACAGUCUUGACAAGCGUUUACUAUGACCUGGGGUCUGAGCCAGGGAUCUUGAAGCCAUUGACCACGAACAAAGCGCGCAACCAGCGCAUUACCUCCAUCAUUGGCGUUGUUGGGGGUGCAGUCGUUGGAGGUUUCCUUGCCAAAAGCACAGGGAGGAUUUCGCCCGCUCUGUGGAUUGUCGCGGGGUGCAAAUUAGCCAUAUCGGCUAUUUGGCUUUUCUGGAAGCAGGCCCAGGUGAAAGUGCAGUAAAAUCCAACAGCCUCAGUAUCGUGAACGCG